ACAACAGCACUGGAGAUGUUUUUCACAGGUUAUCCCAAAAUCGUCGGCAUGAAAUACUUCCCAAAUGUAACUACUCUCAUUCUCAUUGGACAAAGCAUUCAAAAGAUUUCAGACCUAGAGUACUGCCUGUUGCUCAAAGAGCUGUGGAUUGCUGAAUGCUGUUUAGUGAAAAUAGAUGGUCUACAAAAAUGUGUAAAUUUGCAAAUGCUUUAUCUUUAUUGCAAUGAAAUUUCCAGAACUGAAAAUCGGGAAGCCCUAACAAAGCUGAAUGUACUUUGGUUGAAUAAUAACCUGAUCAAGAAUAUAGAGGGCUUACAUACUCUGCAGAAUUUGCAGAAGGUCAACCUUGCUGGAAACUUAAUAGAAAAAAUAGGAAGGUUGCUUCUUUUAUUCAUCCAGUACAGGUGUUUGCAGAGGACCUUCCUGCUGAGUUCCCAGAUUAUUAUGCUGGAAAGUGAAUUGGCCAAGCUGCAAAUGUUGGGUAAAACAUCAAGUAAUAAAUCUCUAAAGAGUAAGAAUCUGGAACCUGAAAAUUCAGUUCAUGAUAAUGAAGAUACAGAAAAGAUGUGUCUGGCAUUCUUACAAAAAAUAAAUGCACUGGAGGAAAGAAUAACACUCCAGAACAGAAAACUGAAUUAAAUUUUACAAGAUUUCCAAGUGGAAAUGAAGAAAAGUUUUAAUUUGGUAGUACAAUUCUUGUUGAUAGAAUUGGAAACAGUAGGAAACAUUCGUUUUGAAGAAGGUUUAUCAAAUAAUCUUUGGUUUAGUUCUUUUUAUUAUAUAAUUCAAUCACUAUUCUGUACCUGGGACUUCAGAGCAUACAGUAUCAUGGGAAUGAAAAUAAAUCACAUCUUUAGAGUGCACAAUCAAAUUCUGAUGCUGAAAUUAAAGGAGGAGUUUCAAAUAUUUCUGUAAAAAGAAGUUUUCAGUGUAGCAGACAACUAUCAGCAAAAGAUGGAAUGUCUCUCUUAUGUAUGCAACCCUGAAUUGCCAGUUAAGAAAAAGCAGCUGCUACAAAUGCUGGAGGGUGGUUUCCAGGGUCUGGAAGUGCAUACGGAAAAAAAAGCUUUUUUUCUCUGUAACAGUUUAAGCAUAUGUGAAUGUCCCAGAACAGAGUUUCUGAAACAAUAAGCUAAGGCAGAAGGCAAAAAGAGUAGUGAUCCUGAGAAGUCAUUCAAGCAUGGGAAAGUGGUAAUUGCAAAAGUUUUCCUUGGCCACAGUGCUCCAGCUUGUGCGGUGAAUCCCAUCCAUCAGGUCAACUACCCAGAAGCUAAUCCAGUAUUCAGGCUGUGGAAAUGCCUAGAAAGUGAUGCAUCUACUUUUGGCAAUGAGAUGUGAGCUUCCUCGGAACAGAGAAAUUGUGACUGCAGCCAUUGGCGUUGCGAGUGGUUUGUGUUUGACCAUGAACUGGUCCUGCCAGAAUACAUUGCUGCGUUUGGGUACAUUACACUGCUCAAAGACCAGUGUCUGUUUUCUAUGUGCAACAUAAUUGUGGAAGAGGGAAAGAGAAGCACAAAAAGAUUUAUUCUGUCUCAUGAUUUGCAGUGUGAUGAUGAAGUUUUGAACAUGGAACUGACAGUAAAGGUCAAGCCUCAUUUUUUUUGCUUAAAUGAAAAAAAACAAUAUUCUUGGUGGCUGAGGCCAAUAUUUAGUCAGGUACAGGUUUUGAAUUUGAAUGGGAACAGCCUGAGCAUGCUGUAGGACAUCUCUAGAUUAAAAACACUUCAAAAGCUUAACAUCAGCUUUAAUGAAUUUACUUCCUUAAAUAAUAUUUAUGACCUGCCCAACCGGGAGUAUUUUGCUGUGAGCUAUAACCAUGUUAUAUGCCCUUUUGAGGGCAUUAGAGGCUUAAGCAAACUGCAGUUCUUCAGCCUGAGCUGGAACCAGCUGAAAAAGUCCAGGGAAGAGAUAAACAUCUUACAUAAACACACUCCCAACACACUCACUCUUGACAUCACACACAACCUAUGGCAUAAGUUGUCUCUGUUAGAAUAUUCUAGGUCUGAUGAAGAAAAAACUCCCAUUCUCAGUGUUUUUCCUUGUGCUAAAAUUCUGUCUCAAAUUUGCAAGAACAAGGUGGAUUCGCAGCUGCAUCGUAGUAACUGGUAUUCAAUAAUCACUGUCUUAAAUCUGGCUGACCAACUCUUCAAAAGUUCCAACUUGGAAAAACUGGAGCAUUUAAGAUGGGCAUCAUUUAGCAACAACACUACACAAAUAAAAGGAAUAGAGUCUUGUCUUAACCUCAGAGGACUCACUUUACAUGAAAACUACAUUUCAACACUAGAUGGUACUAUAUUUACCCUCACCAAACUUACAAGACAUAGUGUAAAUAAUAAUUGUCUUAUCAGCCUCAAAAGACAUGUGUUUGAAAUUUUGUCUUACCUCCUUUCCACUGAGAACAACAGAAUCACAUAUUUAGUUGUUUUAAAGAAAACUUACUCCCUAAUAGAGCUAUACAUAAGUAAUAACUUUGUUUAUACCAACCAAGAGAUACAUAAUUUAAAGGGUUUAAGUAAUCUGGUAAUUUUGGACCUGAGUAGAAUAGUCUGGAAACAAGAUCACUACCAACUAUUUGUAUUAUUCCAUCUUCCCUUUCUCAAAGCUUUAGAUGUUAUCGCAUUAGAACCAACAGAAUGAGAAAGUGCAAAAGAUUUGUUUGCAGGCAAACUCACCUCUGACAUGAUUGCAGAUAGACUGUGACAUUCAGACUUCACAGAAAUGCAAGAAUUAAAUUGGACAGCUUCUAAUAUCAGAGCUGUAGAGCUGGUGCUAGCAGACCAGUUUAGAAAUGUCUGCAGUGUGAAUUUACAGAACAAUAAUCUCAUGCCUUUCAGUGGUUUACUCUUCCUUCCUAAUGCCAAAGUAUUGUGCCUGAAAUACAAUUACAUUGAAUCAAUACUGCCUGGACAAAAGCUCCCAAAUCAGUUAACAAAUGGGCAGCAGCUGUAGUGAAAGGUGGCGUCUUGUGGCUAUGGACAUCAAGGACUUGCCAAAGGAAGCAGGGAUGCAGAAUUUGGAGAAAACCUGCCCCUGAUAAUGCAGAGUUUGGAAGAUUUUCCUGGAAUUACUAACAUGGCCCAGCUACAGCUUAGCAGGCUAAAAAACUUGAAACUUCUGUUUUUGCAGAGAAACUACAUCAGCCAAACUGAAGGACUUGAAGGUCUCAGACUUCUGCAGGAGUUGGUAUUGGACCAUAACCGCAUUAAGAUGAUUGCAUGAGGUUUCCUUGCUAGUCAGAAUGGUCUUUUGACUCUUCAUCUAGAGCAAAACCAAAUACGAGAACUGAACAGCUUACAACCUUUGGUAAAAUUACAGAAACUCUUUCUGGACUUCAACAGAAUUCAAGAAUCAUCUGAGCUAGAAAAACCUCCAGUUAUUCCCAGUCUUAAGGUGCUUUCAAACCACAGAAAUCCAGUGACAAACUCUCCAGAGGAGUCUGGAUUUCCUGCACUGCCAGCAAACUUUACAAGACAUAAUCCUCUCAGAAUAACAAAUGGAAAUCUGAAUGAAAACAUUAACAAUUUAUUUGGCUCUGAUCUUAUAUUUGGCCAUGAACUUGAAGAGCCUCUACUGAAUAAGUCAAAUGAAAAUACGUCUAAGAACCCAGGAAUUACAACAAAUAAUCUUUGAAGCAUCCAUGCAGAAAGAGCUCUUAGGCAAGCCAAAGGAGCAGCAACUAAUCUUCUAAACCAUUUGGUGCAUCACAGCACUACUUCUCGAACCAGCCAACUGCAUCAAGGCAACACAGAAAAUCCAGGCAGGUGA